AUGGUCUUCGAUGUGAAUAAAGCUGGCCAUGAAGUGAACGGAACCAACGGAGAAUCCAAUAACACUGCGGACGAAAGCGGCCCUGGAGGAAAGUAUGGCUAUCGCCUGGGCCACAGCCAAAAUGGAUACAACAUUCCCGAUUACGUUCUUGGUGACGGUGCGCACCGCAGGGUCAAAGUCCUCACCAUCGGUGCCGGUGUGAGCGGCAUUCUCAUGGCGUAUCUCUUGCAAAAGCACGGCGAAAACGUGGAGCACGUCGUGUAUGAGAAGAACGGCGAUAUUGGCGGAACAUGGCUAGAGAACCGCUACCCUGGGUGUGCUUGUGAUGUACCAUCUCAUGCAUAUACAUAUGCCUUUGCACUAAACGCAGAUUGGCCAAAGUACCUGAGCCCGUCAGACGAUAUCUUCCGAUACUUGACUAGAGUCGUCGAGUGCUUUGGUUUGCGCCGGUACAUGAAAUUCAACCAUGCCAUCCAAGCGGCCAAGUGGAAUGAGGAAGAAGGCAAAUGGCAUGUCACCAUCCACAAUUGGGAGAAAGAUGAGGUGAUCGAAGAGACCUGUGACGUCUUGAUCUCUGCCAACGGUCUUUUGAACUCGUGGAAGCUGCCUGAAGAGGUCGAAGGUCUGAAGUCGUUCAAGGGCAAACUGCUUCACACUGCCAGAUGGCCAGAUGAGUAUGGCGCAACGCAGUGGAAAGAGGACCGUGUCGCUGUUAUCGGCUCGGGCGCCACUAGCAUUCAAGUCGUUCCAACCCUGCAGCCACAUGUCAAGUCCAUGGACGUCUUUGUGAGGACGCCGGUGUGGUUUGCGGAAAUUGCCGACCAUUCAGGCGACAACUAUGAUUACACACCGGACCAAAGGGAGACUUUCAAAAAUGACAAUGCCGCCCUAAUCAAACAGGCAAAAGCUAUUGAGGGCAAGCUUAACACUGCCAUGGGUCUCAAAGCCAUGAUGACCCAGAGUGCCGAAGCCAAAAUCGUCCGGGACUAUUUCACGAAACGUAUGCGUCAACAUCUCUAUCGCGACGAGAUUUACGAACAGCUCCUUCCGUCUUUCUCUCCCGGCUGCCGUCGCCUUACUCCAGGCAACCCUUACAUGAAGGCCAUCCAAGAGUCUAAUGUCAACCUGCACCGUUGCGCCGUGACAAAAGUUACACCAAACAGCGUCAUUGGCUCCGACGGCACUGAAGUUGAAGUCGACACCAUCAUCUGUGCAACUGGGUUUGACGUCAGCUACAAGCCGAGGUUUUCCGUUGUUGGCCGCAAUGGAGUCUCUCUCCAAGACAAGUGGAAGACGAUACCUGAGGGCUACUUAGGUCUGGCUGUGCCAGAGAUGCCCAACUACUUCGUCUUCCAAGGCCCCACGUUCCCGGUCUCGAACGGCUCGGUGAUGGGUCCUCUCCAGUCGGUGGGAAACUAUAUCGUUCAGGUCAUCCAGAAGAUGCAGAAGGAUCACCUCCAUUCUCUCGUGCCCAAGCAAGAUGUCACCGACGCCUUCAAUGAGCACGCGCAGACGUGGAUCCGGGGAACUUGUUGGGCAGAAUCUUCGUGCCGCAGCUGGUACAAGAACAACGAGACAGGCAGGGUUAAUUCUGUCUGGCCUGGAAGCUCUUUGCAUUACUGUGAGAUGACUGCCUCACCUCGGUAUGAAGACUACGAGAUCAAGUACGAUAACAAGCAUAACAUGUGGGCCUUCAUGGGACUGGGUUUCACGAAAAAUCAGCUAACCGAAGGCGGAGACUUAAGUCCCUACAUCACGGAGAAUGGUUUGGAAAAGAAGUUUUACUCAUUUGUGCUGACCGAAGAGGAGGAGAAGAAGAUUUCAGAGCGCAAGCUGAAGGUCCGAGAAGUCUUCUAG